AAUCGCAGACGACGGCACAUUGCUAACUGCCUCCACGUCACAGAUGAGUUUAGGCAGCUGUGAGCAGACAAAGCACAUCAAUGGUGACACCGGUUACCACUGCUCCUACUGCAGCGGUUGAACCCGCGGUGUAACCCUGACUUUUCCUGCUCAGACUAGAAGCACAUCUUGUCGGCCAUCGUUUUCACUGUUCACACGUUUGGUGGUUUUGUUUCUUCCUCAAAAUGCAAUUUUCAAUGGUGUCACCUCUUUCCUUCACUGGAAUCCUCUAAUGAGUCGUCAGACUGCAACGAAUGCAAGGCUUUUUUUUAAAGGUUUUGCGAGUUCUGCCCCAACUGGUAGACAAAAUGAAACAACACAACAACAAAAAACCUCAAUUAUCGCGUAAUGCGGGUUUGAAAUCUUAAAACCGACCGCCGGCACAUGUGGUGGAAAGCUUGAAGGGACCUUAGCGCCCCAUGGAGUAAGACCGAAAGCAAAUAUCAAGACCAUCGUUUCAGUCACGUGUGAGCAGCCAUGGAGCCUGUAUCCCGCGAAGAAUACGAGAACAUUACUACCAGUACCAACUCGAUGUUAGACAACGUGGACUCCCAGGUAGUCGUCACUUUCGUCGUCAUCGCCGUGGGGAUCAUCGUGCUGGCGGUCUUGGGAAACGUCCUGGAGAUCAUCGUCGUCUGCAGGUCCUCGCAAAUGCGCUCCCUGUCCGAUAUGUUCGUCCUGAACUUGGCGUGCUGCCACCUGCUACAGGCUACUUUCUGUAUGCCCGUCUCAUUGUACAACCUCAGCAAAACCUGGGACUGGCAAUCCCUCCAGAUGUUGUGCUUCCUCUGGGUCAUGUCAGUGGCGAUCUCCGUGCAGGUGUCGGCUUUCUCUCUUUGCCUGAUCAUACUGGAUAUCUAUUUUGAUAUCGUCCAUCAGAAGUGGUACAGGAACUGGCUCAACACGCCCAAGGUGGUCCUAGCGUUGUGUACAGUGUGGGGAAUUCCCCUGGCAGUCAACACGUGGCCUUUAACGCCCAGUAAAGGGUCACAACUGUUUGACAUGGAAAACAACCAAUGCUCAAUUCAGGCCUCGCCGUGGCUUGUUUACAGUUCUGCUACUUUUUACUUCCUCCUGCCAGGUGUCUGCGUCACAGUUCUUUACCUCUCUGUCUUCUGCUACUUCCGAAAGAGGCUCCAAGCCUGUAAAGUCACCCGAAUCGACUACGCCGACUUCUGCCGAAUUUUCGACCCGUUUGAGUACAGAACCCUGGUAGUGAUAGGCAUUCAAGUGUUUGCCUUCGUGGUCCUGUGGACGCCCUUCUGGGUCUACAUGUGCCUCUACACUAGCAAGAGCAUCACGCCGAACUACUUCACCCGGAAAAUCGCGAUCUGGAUUUGUUACCUGACAACGCUGGUCAGCCCCAUGCUCCACAUCUUUGGCAACUGGAAGUUCCAGCUCGUGCUGAAGAGGCUCUUUGCAUGGAGAAGAGUCACUCGUAACGGACGGUCCGCAUCCAGACGGUUGUUCACUUUCGCCGGGUCGUUUCGCAAGGUCUACCCCAGAGCUCCACCAUUCACGACUGUCAUGUUGGUAGAUCCUUAUAUAAGACAAAACGACGAGGUCAACCCUGUCUGAAAUUGCGAAAAAGACUGAUGACCCUUUUGUCUUCUUCCACUCUCCAUCCAAUGUAGUGGUAGUAGUAAACACUUCUAAAGAAAAAAAUCUUUCUGCUGCAAAAGACGGUGGGGACAGUUCUUCAGUUUUCUAACUUUAAGUUAUUUCAAGUCAACGAACUUCGCAGUCAGAAAGGGAAAAACAAUCUUUUAAAGCCUUGUGCUUCCUUAUGUCCUGAUCACGCUAUUUACGGUGAAGGGUUGAAUAUCUUCGUCACCUGCCUUGAUAAUCGCCACUAAUCACAACCGAUCGUAAGUGACACUUUAUUAAUUAUGACUUAAUGAUAGAUAACAAAUAUUAAUUGAUACACAAAGUUUUAGAAAAUAUUUUGUAAAUACUCCACAUAACCAACCAGUCUUUGUAUACAGAACAGAGUCUGUGUAUUUGUAAAAGGUUUCGCAGUUGCAGAUACAGAAUGCUGGAGUUCCUUAAAAUAAACUGUGGGGCUUUCCAAAAUUGUCGUGAGAAAAGCAAUUACUGGCUUAAAAGUACAAUAGUAUAUUUUGUGUACAUAAAGUAUACAUAAAGUUAAAACGAGAGUCGGAGAAAAACCCAUUUUAUAAAAUUACAUAUACACAAAAAUUUAUUCCGACACUAUCACAUGAUUUCUAGUGACGACUACAAAAUUUAUAUUCGAAAUCCAUUUCUAAAGUUUAUCACCAAAAACUCUGUGAUCCAUCUGAUCCGUCGGAUUCCCUGACAUUGAUGGAGAUUUAUGCAGGUCAUGGGUCAAAGUGUUAUAAACCAUGAAGAUUUAAUGUACCUUUAGAUCCUGCCUUUUAUGAGG